GUCUAGAGAAGAGUCCUAAAUUUGCUUUGCAUCAUGAUGAACAGGGACAUGCUCAAGCUGCGGAAGGAUCCCACUAUCCCAUAUUACGUGGGUACUGUUACUUCCACUACUACCGCGUUUCCCGUCACGCAACGUUUAGGCAGUCCAAGUAGCACAGAGAGUAGACCCGUCAAUGCUCGUCAUCGGCCUUCGCCCAAAGGAUCGGGAACACAGGGAUCAGGACAGAGCCAUGGACAAAGUCAAGGACAGUCUCAUGGGCAAGGACAAGGGCCAGGUGUCGGAUCGACAUCAGGAUCAGGAUCCACCAUCUUGACUGUUGCAUCCGGCACGUCGGCUGCAUUAGCAAGUCCAGUGACGUUAACCCCUACCACAACUUCCACACAAACAACCAAUGUUUCUACAGGCAUGACUUCUUCUUCAACCCUGACAGGAGGCUCAAGUAUAAGCUCAGCAACGGGGAACCCAGGCGUAGGGAUAGGAACAAUGUCAGGGACCUUACAGGGAUCAGGGACUGGAAUUACUCAGCAGCCUUUUACUGGAGCGGGCGGUGCACAGGCAAGCAACGUUCGCACCUUUAAGUUCGAUACGAAUGGCGCGCUCUCGGCUUUGUCAGCAUCACCGGAUUAUUCUAUGGUGGCGGUAGUGGGCCGUGAUGUAAUUAAAAUUUUAAGCGUCACAGAUAGUGGAGCGGAGGAAAUGAUCAACCUCAAGGCUGCGGUCGGCCGGAAUGCUCCUACAGGGAGCAUGGAUGUUAAAUGGGGCCCAACGACGGGACGAGAUGCCAAAAUUGCUACAACUGGCACGAAUGGGCCGAUUUUCAUCUGGGAUAUCGGCACGCACAACAAGAUCGAUCGCAUAAUCAAAGAGCACCCACGAUCCGUUCAUCGUAUAUGCUUUUCACCACAGGAGCCUAACCUUCUAUUGAGCGCAUCGUCAGAUUCCACCAUCCGUCUCUGGGACCUCCGGAUUCGCGAUCGGCCGGGAAUAAUCAUGGAUGCAAAAGACGUUGUGAGAGAAGUUCAAUUUAACCCUGUAUCUAUGAAUGACAUUGUAGCUGGAUAUGAAAGCGGAAAUAUACAGCGAUGGGACUUGCGCAAUGUGAGCACAAGCGAAAAAAAAUUUAUGGCACAUAUGGGUUUUGUCACAUCAUUGGAUUACCAUCCAAGUGGCCGGUUCUUAGCUAGCGGCGGGCGUGACAGAACAAUCAAAGUCUGGGAUAUGGAAGACGAGAAACGAAGAGAAAUCCACACCAUUCCUACGGCCCAAUACACUUCCAAAGUUCAGUGGCGUCCACAUAAGCCCUAUCAGCUUGCGGCGAGUUUUAAGGAUGAGUCUGCAGUACAAAUUUUUGAUAUGCGCAGGCCGUUUGUGCCGCUCCAUGUCCUCACACAGCAUGAUAAAGAUGCAACAUCAAUCCUUUGGAAGGAUACAGAUGUACUUUGGAGUGUUUCCAAAGAUAAAGCAUUUGCUUCAACGUAUAUCAGAGGACAAACCUCGUUUGCUGAUUUAUUAUCAAGCGGCAAGGCCACUAUGAACUGUUAUGGACAAUUAGCGUUCACUAUUGCUAGCAAAAAUAGCUACGACUCAUUCGAGAAAGACCUUGUCCCUAGAUCCGGACGGCCUAACCCGAGAUCGGUUGCACUUGAUGGAAGCGCGGAAGCUACAAUAUAUCGUACGCGACAGGCAGGAGGUGUAUUCGAUUGCGAACUGUUCAACCAUGAGGCGUUUAUCUACUGCGCGCAAAACUAUUCGUUGGAUUCAGACAAUGUUCGAGCUGCAUGUGAGCAUAACUCAAAUAUAGCUUGGCAGGCAAAUAAAUUCCGCGACUCACAGACAUGGACAGCUAUCAAGCUGUUUUAUAGCGAUAUGGCGGAAUCUGCAAUAAUUGUUUCACAAGGCGAGAUCCUGGAUGCCGCUUCGACUGAAAUGGCUGCAGCUGCUAAUAAACAGAGGAAUGGGCGUGCACAUGAAGACGAAAAUGAAGGUUCCGAACUAUCUGGGACACGGACAGCAAAGCCAACUGUACCAAGUUUAUUCGCUAUCAAGGUAUCAGAUGCGCCUAUAAAGCGGGAUUGGUCGCAUGUAGAAACUAUCCGUAACCUUUUAGAGUACUAUGCGGAGCAAGGCGAAGUGCAAAUGUGUGUAACUAUUUUACUUGUACUAGCCAAUGAGAAAGAUUUAUCGGAAUUUAGUCGGUCACAACAAUGGUUUGGAUCGUACAUCGAUCUGCUUUCCAGGUUCAAGCUCUGGAGCAUCGCCACGGCUGUUUCGCAAGCUUGCAAGGAUCCCGAAAUUCACACUAUGAAUCAGGACUCAACUACAAUCCACACAUCAUGUUCAAGUUGUAUGAAGCCUUUAAUAUCUCGAGCACCAACAUCAUCUGGGUUCUGGGCCUGCGAUAAGUGCCGCAAGGUUCUGAGCUCGUGCUCAGUGUGUCAUAUGACAGUACGAGGAGUCUUUACGUGGUGCACACAGUGUUCACAUGGAUUUCAUUUACAGCAUGCACAGGAGUGGUUCUCGCAAUCAGCAGAAUGUCCAACAGGAUGCGGCCACCAAUGCUUUCCAGAGAUGCUUAAGAUUCAGCUAGAGCAGGAACAACAACUGGAUAAUGAUAGAGCUUACGAUUCAUCGUUUUCAUACCAUUAUCCGCGUCCCCUUCAUCUGCAGCAGGAGCUGGCCUCUUAUUCCUCUCAUAGUCACCAUCGCGGAGGUGAGAUAAGCGAAGGCAAAGAGUCGUCCCCGAUGCAAUAUUCAACAUACUCAAGCAUGAUAUGAUCUUCCAUCAACAAUAAUAAUACUAUUAAUAUUAAUAAGAAGCACCACUUGAAAUUCGAAUAUGUUUGUGAUUAAGGAGGAAUCUUGCUUUGAUUGUGGUUGGGCGUAUGUCGAUUUCCAUUAG